AUGGUGUUACUGAGUGAUUUAGAAGUAACAUCGAACGAUGACUCCAAGGGCCUUCUGUUCACGUCCAACUGGAUAUUAACCAUCGGAGACAGAGAUGAGUUGAGAGGAAUAAGCGAGUCCUAUGCUUUUAAUACUUCUUACAAAACUGCCGCUUAUGACUGGUAAGUUGGAUUGGUAUUGGGGGUCUUACUUGACAAAAAGCGGUUAAUUUUGUUUAAAUUUGGCUUUUCUAGGCAAAAUUUGAAUACCUUGUUGAAGGUUAACAUGUAUGAUUAUAGGGAGUCAGGACUUAUUGGGGCUGGAAAUUUCGGGGCGAGAACUUUCGGGGCCGACUUUUUGGGGCGGGAAAUUUCGGGGCGAGAAAAUUGGGGGGCCCGAACUUUCGGGGCAAAGAGCUUUUGGGGCAGGGAACUUUCGGGGCGGGAACCUUCGGGGCCUGAACUUUUGGGGCAAUUUUAAAAAAUUUCAAUUUUAAUCAAAUUCCCUUAGGCUAAUUAAUUCCAACUUUAAAAUUUUGUGAAAAAUUAUGAUUUUUUAUCAAAAAAAUCAUAAAAUAUAAAUAUUUUUAUACUUGAAAUUUUAUUUUUCAUUAAAUUGAUUAUAGGUAUUCCAAAUAUUGUUUCAUACGUUAUUGAAAAUCAAAAACUUGAUUGUAUUUACAGUAAUAGGUUACUUUUAUGUUGUGAAAAGCAAAACCUUUUCAGGAUUGGUCACAUUUACUAUCGUCGGCGAACCCCUCGACUGGCGUUGCCUACUGAAGGCUUGGAUCUAUAUGUGGAGUCAGGGAGGAUGCCUAUGGCUACGAUAAAGCCAGCUAAGGUCCGGCUCGGAUGGACCGUGUAUAUGAACGAUCAGUUUAAAGAGGUUCUUUGUACGUUUCUUGUUUGUGAUAUUCGAGCAACUCUUACUUAAAAAGUUUGCAAUGGUUGUUUUUGUGUAAAAUAGUGUUUUAGGUCUAAAAAUUAUUUAUUUUUAACAUUUUACUUACUUUUUGACUACAUUGACAUUAACUGUUAGCUAAUAUUUCCUGAUUUUAAUCACUUUGUAACAAACGCUUACUUUUAGACCACGAACCGUUGGCUGAUACCUACAUGGCGCCGUCUGUGUUUGGUAUGAUGGAAUCGUACAAAGCACCAACCGGUCGAUUUAAGGAAAAGUUGGGCGAGUUCAUGGGUAACAGAUUACGUAUGUUCAUUUAUAUUGGGUUUAUAUUCUUUCAAACUCAACUAUUAUAUUAUUGGUUAAUAUUAUAUGAUAGUAGUUAGUCGACGGCGUGGAAGACUAGGUCAGAAGGUCCGGUAGUUUUUUUCUACGAACUUUUUGAUUAAAAUGUAAUAUUACAGGAUCAACUUGGAGGUUUGUGAUCACAAUCGAACUCUCAUUCUCUAAAACAGUAUUCUUGUUAGCUCCAGAAGUUGUGCACGGUAGUUUGCAAGUUCAGCCAGAUCACAUUGUCAAUGACUUCAGGUUCUGCUUCACACCGUGAGUUUAUAAUUUUACAGUAAUCAUUUACGAUUAUUUUUGAAUACUUUAUGAUGUGCUACUAUAAGUGGAAGUCUCGUCCUGCAGGUGAGAGAGUACGUACUAUAAUAUCGUUUUCAGUGACUUUGUUUUGACAUGUUCAGAUGGCGUAGUACCGUGCUCAAAGCUGGCUCUCUACUUGUCUUCAGAAUACUUUAAAGAGUUGUUUAUCGUCCAGAAGUCUGAGAAUAUUGAGAGUCGAAGUCACGAUGUUACUCUGUAUUCUACUGUUACCAUCUCCGCUUUGGUCAACUACCUUCAGUCGAAUACGGUAAAAGAGGACAUGAUGAUGACAGUAGAACAGGUGUCAGAGUUCAUGAGAGCGGUCGAGUUUGUGAGACCGACCAGGAAGGACGACCUCAGGAACUUUAUCCAGAAGUUGCUCAUCAACAACUUGAAGCAGGUGAGGUUGCUUUUUAUUGAAGCAUACAUAAGUAGACAUUUUAUGGUAGAAAUAUUAAAUAUAAUAUGUAUUAUACUAUAAAAAUUAUAUAUUGAGCCUUAUGUUAACAUACUAUAACUUUUUGACUUAUGACUUUAGGUAACUCGUCUUGAUGAACUGGUCAAGAUCCUGUUGGUGGCCAACAAGUCCAACUUUGCUCAUCUGAAGAUCAUGUGCUACGCUUCGAUCGUGAACAUGCACUAUGACAACUUUAAACGGAGGUAUCGGCAUGAUGUAAGCAUAAAACAAGUUUUUUUGUUUAAAUGAGUACUAGUUCUUGCCAAUAUAUUAGUACUAGUAGUUGAAUUUUAGUAAUUGAAUACUAUUAAGUAUUUGAAAGUAAAGGAUUUUUUGUUUUUUUACCUUUAAAUGCCAUUUUAGGCUGACAAUUUGGAAGAUCGUGAGAUAUUUGGCCAACUCCAAGCAACUCGUGCCUUCACCUUCCAAUCACCGGUCGAAUACAUUGACAAACUAAGACUCAAGGCCUUCAAGGUUAACGUAGCUGUGACCAACUGA